AUGGAGAUUCUUGAUCAAUACGAUGAGGCAGAGGAGAAUAUCACAUCAAUUUUAAGUUUUGAAAUCCAAUCUCAGAAUGAUUCACUUAGGGUCGAGAAUGAUACAUUAAAAAAGCAAAUGCAAGCAAAAAAUGCAAUAAUUCAACAAUUAGAAUCACAAAUCAACUCAAAUGAAAUCGAUGAUGCUAUAUUACAGGAGUUUAAUAAGAUAAUCGAUGCAUUUGAUCUAGAUCAAAAAACUUUAGAUAAAUUAAAUUACGUUAUAGACUCAAAUGAUCCUAUUUUACAGAUAAAAACUCUUUGUACCUUCUUUGUAAAUCAUAUUAAACGUCAAAAUAGAGUAAUUGUCCGCCUUGGAGGAAUUGUGAAAGAUAAUGCAGAUUUUCUCAUUUCCUUGAUACAAUCACAGACUGAAAAUAAGUUCAAAGAUAUGAUUGUCAACAGAGCUGAGAAAACUAUUGAUUCAAUUAAAGGUUUAACAGUAUCUCCAACGAAAUUCGACACGAUGAAAUCAAUCUUAUCAAAUAACGUCGAUUUUGAUGAACGCAAGAAGCUAAUAGAAUCUGCUAGUACCAACAAUAACAUUUCUAAAGAAGAAUUACAAGCUUUAUUUAUCAGAAAAGUUUCAAUUACUUCUUCUUUUGCUCAGAAGCUCAUGGAAGAGAGAAUAGCAAAUGCAAAUAGAGAACCGGAAUUUUCCAUAUCAGAUGAUACUAUUAAUAGAUUAACAACAAUUUUUGGUCAUAAAAUUUCAAAUUCACCAGAAAAAUUUGAAAAUGAUCUUAAUAUUAUAUGCUCUGCAUGUGAGAAGUAUCAGCAAAUGUAUGGAACUGAUCUAUUCUCCCUAAUUAAUGAUAUGCAAGCAAAAAUAGAUUCAUUACAAGCUCUUGAUGCCAGGAAUAGAGCAAUCUUAGCAAUGCAAGCAGCAGAAUUAGCAAAAUAUGUUUCAUAA